CUACUUCGUACACAUAACUACCUAUAUAUGACUACAACAUUGCAUCCACCUAACAAAUAUUUACCAUAGGCCCACCACAAUGACGUACGACUCUACAAUAGCAUUUACACUCGACACAAUAUGUCCAUGGACAUACCUAGGAUACCUCCGACUUUCCAAGGCUCUAAAGCAGUACAGGGACGCCCACCCGACCGACUCACCAGUCAACUUCACCCUCAAAUUCCUCCCGUACCAAUUGUACCCAGACUUUUCCACUGACGGCAUCGACAAGUAUGAAUGGUACAAGAGCAAAAAGUACGACGACAAUGAAGAAAAGAUGGCAAUGUUCGCUAAAUACAUGGGCGCUUUGGGAGAGGCAGAAGGUGUGACGUUCGACUUCCAUGGCACUAUCGCGAAUACGAUGAAUGCGCAUCGAGUGUUGCAGGUGGUGCAGGAGCGGAAGGGCGAGGAUGGGGCGAGAAAAGCAGUUGAUUCUUUGUACGAACAGUACUUCACCAAACAAGCUCAUCCGUCUUCGACGGCCACGCUUUCGAAAGCCUGCAUUGAUGCCGGUUUGUCGGAACAGGAAGCCAAAGAACUGGUGAACGAUGAUAGCGAGGGCUUGAUGGAUGUGAAGAUGGCGAUCAGGGAGCAGGCGGGGAAUGGGGUUGACAGCGUGCCGUAUGUAGUUUUUGAGGGCAGAAAGAGAGAUUUCACGCUCGUGGGAGCAAAGGAAGUGGGCGAGUAUUUGAAGACUCUGGAGCAAGUCGCAAAGGAAGCUUAAGUAUAUACAGGCCACGGCUUUUGAUAAUUUUAGACAUGAAGUCUUUUAGUGUUAUCUACACAAAGUCCAACCUUUCACUGGUCUCCUCAUUCGGAUACACGGAUGUAG